UUUCGGUGGUUGCCCCGAUCAGCGUCACAGUCCCACACUCAACGUGAGGAAGGAAAGUGUCCUGAACAUGGGAGGGAAACAGAAAAAAUUGAUCUUAAUCAACGACAACCUGAACCACCCCAAACAAGAAAAGGAAGAUGUCAAACAUCGUGAGUAUUCACUGAUUUAUGAAACCAAGCUGGAGAGAGAUCAAGAUGGUAACCUUAUUGGGUACGACACAAAGCUAUUUAAGAUUAACAGGAUGGAAGAAAUCAAUACACAAUACAGCAGUACCAAACUAGGCAAAGUGGCUUUUUUUCAGUGUUUGGAAAAGGUGGAGAGGGUGAGAAGCUUUUGGGAAGAAAGAAUCAGUGAACCAGAGCCUGGCACAGAAGAUAAAGAGGCCAUCAGGGAUCAGAAAGAAAAGGAGAAGUCAUGUUUAAGUGCGAAGGGAACAAAGUUUAUAAAAAAGAAGAAACCACCCGAUUCCACAGAGGGAGCCAACCAAGAAAACCAGUCCUGCACUCACAAAGAAACGGUCCAUAUGCUCAAUAAGGAAAAUACUGAAAAGGCAAGUGCUUUUUUGGUUCAAAGAAGUUCUCCCAAAUCUCAAGGGCCAAAGAACAAGGGAGAGGAUUUAGCUUUGAAAAGUCAGAAGGAACACACAAAGAGCUAUGUUCAAACAUCCUUCAGUACAAGAAAGAGCCAAGGAGCAGAGGUUGCUGUUGAUGACAUUAACCAAAGGAUAACAGCGCAAGAUGAAGAGAAGGAAAGUGAAUCCCUGGAAGGUGUGAAGAGGGCUGGUGGACAGCAAGUGCCUGAAGAAGAAAGGCAAGAGGAGGAAGAAGAAGAGGAUGUUGCUGGUCACUGUGAAGAAGAGGAGGAAGAAUCAGCAACUGCAUCCCAAAAUGAACAUGAGGCAGAGGAUGAUGAGGGUCCAGCAGAAAGCCAGGGACAAGAUGCACAGCUUCAAAGGUGUAAAGGCAGUGAAAAAGGCACAGGAAGCAAACCAUCAGGGACGUUCUCCCAGAACCCUGAGCAGACCUGCCAGCUUGAGCAUAGAGGCAGCAGUGAUGGUCCUGCUCCUCCAGCGCCGUUUGAUCACCGGAUUGUCUCAGCAAAAAAGGCAGUGGUCAACAGUUAUUAUGAAGUCAACCGGAACGAAGUUCUGGGAGGAGGGCGAUUUGGUCAGGUGCACAAAUGUGAAGAAAAAGCAACAGGUCUCAAGUUAGCAGCAAAAAUUAUAAAAGCCAGAGGUGCUAAAGAAAAGGAAGAAGUAAAGAAUGAAAUCAAUGUCAUGAACCAGUUGAACCACACAAACCUUAUCCAGCUGUAUGAUGCCUUUGAAUCCAAAAAUGACAUUGUUCUGGUCAUGGAAUAUGUGGAUGGAGGAGAAUUAUUUGACCGAAUUAUUGAUGAUAACUACAGUUUGACAGAGAUGGAUACCAUCUUGUUCACAAAACAGAUCUGUCAAGGGAUUCAAUACAUGCAUCAGAUGUACAUUCUUCAUUUAGACCUGAAGCCCGAGAAUAUCCUGUGUGUGAAUCGAGCUGCUUAUCAAAUAAAAAUUAUUGAUUUUGGAUUGGCAAGAAGAUAUAAACCCAGAGAAAAACUUAAAGUGAACUUUGGCACUCCGGAAUUCCUCGCUCCUGAAGUUGUGAACUAUGACUUUGUCUCCUUUCCCACGGACAUGUGGAGUGUAGGAGUCAUUGCCUACAUGCUGCUCAGUGGAUUGUCUCCUUUUCUGGGUGACGAUGACAAUGAGACUCUCAACAAUAUCCUGGCUUGUAGCUGGGAUUUCGAAAAUGAGGAAUUUCAAGAUGUUUCUGAAGAAGCCAAAGACUUCCUCUCAAAGCUUCUAAUCAAGGAAAAAAGCUGGAGAAUGAGUGCAACUUCAGCCUUAAAACAUCCUUGGUUAUCAGACCAUAAACUCCAUUGCGGACUACACAAGCAGGUCUCCAGAGGAAGGCUAAGUGCCACUCAGAGUCUCAAGCACCCAUGGCUCAAUGACCUUUCCAAGAAAGCUGCCAAAUGGAAGGUUUGUCUCAAGUUCCCUUGUUUCUCUUUAGAAAUAAAUGGUCCAACAUCUAUGGAAGAUAUCAGUGAAAUACCAGAAACAGCCACAGUUAAUAUUGCUGGAAGAUUUACUCACCAGCACCAUCUGCACAACCGUUCGACAAGCAGUGUGUCACCAAAGCACCAAAACUAUAGGCUUGCUCCAUUGAUUAUGACCAUUGCAACAGUGUGAAAGGGCGGAACAGUGAGAAAAAAAUCUUAGUUUAUAUAUGAAACUGCACAUACAGCAAAUUCAGUGAGUGAAAUCCUGGCUCCCUUGAAGUCAAUAGUAAAACUCCCAUUGACUGUCCUAGAGCCAGGUUUUCACCCAGUGAAUGUUCGGUGCUGGAAGCUUUUGGUUUCUUAUAUCAUGGUUGUAAGUCUGGUUUAAAAAGGGAUAAAAAUAUGCUUGUAUAGUAAUUUCUUAACAAAAGGCUAUGGGCCAUCUCCUCAGCUGGUGUAAUCGGUGUAGUGCCAUUGACUUUGAUAGGACCAAGCUGAUUUACUUGAGCUGAGGAUCCAGCCUUAAAUGAAGUUGUCCUGUGCUGCUGAGGAAUCUGUAUCAAACAACGCAGUUGAGACAAGACAUUUCUGUCUCUUUCUUUUUUCCUGGAUCACUGUCUUUGCACUUCCAUUGACAAACACUUCAUUAUUGGUUCUUAGACUGGUGAGGUCGCCUCCCCUAAGGGGGCCAGGGCGACACAAGUCUGCUCUAAUUUUCUGUCUCUGGUCUUUGGCUGAAGCAUAUUCACUCAGCCACUUCAAAAUUUACUCAACCACUUUCUCAAAUGGCAGAACACCUCCCUCCCCCCGCAUACACCACUGCACCAAUUCCCACAGCAUCUCUUAUGAACUACCACAGGACUGGUGCUUCCGUUGAAGCACUGUGGGAACCAGUGCAAAUGAUUUGGGGACAUAUCUGAGGAUGACUGGUUGUGGGUCAUGGUACGAAGAAAGCUGAUAAGCCAUGCAUCAUCAUAACCACUUCCUUUUAGCAUUUCACCAUGAAUAAUGACUCAGAUACUAAAAUAAAAAUGGUACCACUUUUCAUUGUGUGCGCUAAUUGUUAAGGUUAUUACCAUCCAUCUGUUAAGAGACAGUCUGUAAUUGAUGUUUGCUUUUGUUUCCAAUGUGUUUUGUAAAAAAAAAAAGAUCGCUGUUUCAAGAUCGCUGAAAAAAUCUUAGUCUAUUAUGAUUCACUGUCACUUGCUUUUGAUAUCUCCUUUCCUGAGCUGCCAAAGCCACAUGGUUUCUUAGUAUGCUAAGGCAGUCACACCAAAUAUUGGGGAGGGACACGUUGGACCCUCUUUGUACUGAUCCUCACGUCACGGGAGCAAUGCCAGUUUACAUCAGCUGAGGUUCUGUCCCAUCUGGGCAACAGCCACACAUUGAAAAAUAUUUUUAUUUUUUAUUACAAGAAAGCAAUUAUCUGUCUGAAGAAAAAAUCAAGUUUGAGAUAACCUUGAUUAUUGAUGGCCAGUCCAGUGAAAAAGAAAAGAAAAUGUUCAAAUACACUUUUUAAAGCUUCGUAAAUAGUAGCUAACUUAUAGUCUAUUUUACAGGGGGAGAUAGUUUAAAAAGAGUUUUUAAUUUACUCCAGAAGUGGACUCAGUCAUUACUGUGUUUUGUUUUUAGAACACAACCAUUGGGGUUGCCUCAUUUAAUCCAUGAUGAUAUAUUCAUGUGACAAUUGAUUUAAACAUGGUGUGGUAAAUGUCUGAUGUGAUUGUACAAGCAAAUGGAGAUAAUCACAUACUCCCAUCCCAUAUGACAGUAGUGACAAAAUGACAGCAUUGUUGCAUUUCAUGAGAGACCUCAUGAAUUUUUUUCAUUAAACAAAGAGACCUAGUCCUUUUUAUGUUGUAAAUAGCAUUAAAUGAUCUCUCACAAUCUGAGAUGCAGGGAGGAGAGGGACUCUUUGUAAGCAGUCAGAUUCUGCAUUGCUUUCUCUCUCACACACAAAGAAACCACCCUGUGAUUUUCCUAGGGAAUUGAACCAAAUAAUUAUAUUAAAAGUAUAUUGCUGAAUUAA